UCCGCUCGAUUCCCCGCGGCUUCUUCCCCCUCCCCUCACCCUCACACGCACGACUUCCUUCCUUCCUUCCUUCCAGCGCCGCACCACGCCAUCAGGCGGCGCGGGCAGCCCAUUCCUCUUCCUCCUCCACUUCACCCCUAACCUCCGGGCUCGAUUCCAGAACUACUCAAGCUGGGCGGGCAGGGAAGGGAUAUUUUCUGCUCUCGACCUAUUUUUGGAGGAGUAAAGAGGCGGCGAGGUGACGUGACGACUUGCACCGAAGACUUGCGCGUCGGGAGAUCCGUCUAGAGGUGGAUCGGUGGUUGCGGCUGAGUUGGGAGACCCGGAGACCUUGAGGAGCGAUGCAGAGGGAGGUGGGGCCGCAAGUGGCCCCUCCGCUCUUCCUCCACCAGAUCCAGCCGAUGCCUCCCCACGCCGCCGCCGCGAAGAAGCGCGGCCACCCGUGGCCUGCCGCCGCCGGCGCCGCCGUGGCGCCCGCGGAGGCCGCCGCCGGGAACUGGAACCCCAGGCUGUGGGACUGGGACAGCCGCGCCCUCACCGCCAGGCCGUCCUCCGAUGCGCUCCGCCUCGCCGGUGGCCAGCAGCCCCAGCCAUCAGCCAAGGCGGCUGAGGCGCAGCGCCAGGGGACCGCCGGGGGAAACGGCGCGCUGAACCUGCAGCUCGGUCUGCGAGAAGACGCCGCGACGCCGAUGGACGCCAGCCCGACGGCUCCCGCGGCGUCGUCGUCGCCGUCCCCGCCUCCUGCUUCGGCUUCGGCGGGGCAGGAGCCGGUGGUUAGGCCGAGCAAGCGCGUGCGGUCCGGAUCGCCGGGCAGCGCUGGGGGAGGAUCGGGCGGCGGUGGGGCUGCCAACGGAGGCGCGGGCUACCCGAUGUGCCAGGUGGAUGACUGCCGAGCGGAUCUGACCAGCGCCAAGGAUUAUCACCGGAGGCACAAGGUCUGCGAGACCCACAGCAAGACCACCAAGGCGGUCGUCGCCAACCAGGCGCAGCGCUUCUGCCAGCAGUGUAGUAGAUUUCACCCACUCGCGGAGUUUGAUGAGGGUAAGAGGAGCUGCCGGCGUAGGCUUGCUGGCCACAACCGGCGAAGAAGAAAAACCCAGCCAACAGAUGUUGCUUCUCAGUUGCUGCUACCUGGGAACCAAGAAAAUGCAGCAAAUAGGACACAAGAUAUUGUCAAUCUAAUUACAGUGAUUGCGCGUUUGCAAGGUUCUAAUGUUGGUAAAGUGCCUAGCAUCCCUCCCAUACCAGAUAAACAAAAUCUGGUUGAAAUUAUAAGCAAAAUAAAUUCAUUGAACAACACGACCUCUGCGGCGAAGUCUCCUCCAUCAGAAGUCGUUGAUUUGAAUGCUUCGCAAGAGCAACAAGAGCAACGGCAGGAUUCUGUGGAGAAGACGACCAACGGAAUUGACAAGCAAACUGUGCCAUCAACCAUGGACUUGCUAGGAGUUUUUUCAACUGGCCUUGCAACUUCGACACCUGAGACAAAUACAUCUCAGUCCCAAGGGAGCAGUGACAGCAGUGGUAAUAACAAGAGCAAGAGCCAUUCAACCGAGCCAGCAACUGUUGUGAAUUCACAUGAUAAACCAACCCGAGAUUUUCCUGCUGCUGGUUUCAUGAGAAGCAACAGCACUCACGAGAGCCGACCUCAUAUAUACAAGCAGAUAGAACAAGAAACCAGACCAUACUUGUCACUGCAGCUGUUUGGCAGCACUGAGGCGGAUAUCCCACCUAAGAUGGACUCGGUGAAUAAGUACUUAUCUUCUGAGAGUAGUAAUCCUCUGGAUGAGAGAUCUCCUUCAUCCUCUCCGCCAAUAACCCGCAAGUUUUUCCCCAUACAUUCGGUUGAUGAAGAGGUUCGACACCCUCAUAUUACAGAUUAUGGGGAAGAUGCUACAAUGGGUGAAGUUAGCACAAGCCAGGCAUGGUGUGCACCACCACUUGAUCUCUUCAAGGAUUCAGAACGCCCCGUCGAGAAUGGAUCGCCGCCAAAUCCUGGUUACCAGUCCUGCUAUGCUUCAACAUCUUGUUCAGACCAUUCACCUUCAACCUCGAACUCAGAUGGACAGGAUCGGACUGGUAGGAUUAUUUUCAAGCUGUUUGGCAAGGAACCUAGCACAAUACCUGGGAACCUUCGUGACGAUAUAGUAAAUUGGCUCAAACACAGCCCUACUGAAAUGGAGGGAUACAUUCGACCUGGUUGCAUUGUACUAUCCAUGUACCUAUCAAUGGCGGCUAUUGCAUGGGAUGAGCUUGAAGAAAAUCUCCUCCAGAGAGUAAACUCAUUAGUUCAAAGUUCUGAUAUGGAUUUCUGGAGGAAAGGAAGGUUUUUAGUUCGAACUGACUCCCAGUUGGUAUCUUAUAAAGCGGGAAUGACCCGUUUAUCGAAAUCGUGGAGAACAUGGAAUACCCCUGAAUUGACCUUUGUGUCACCAAUUGCUGUUGUUGGUGGCCGGAAGACUUCCCUCAUUCUUAAAGGCCGCAAUCUAUCUAUUCCUGGCACACAGAUCCAUUGUACAAGUAUAGGGAAGUACAUAUCCAAAGAAGUUCUGUGCUCAGCAUAUCCAGGUACCAUAUAUGAUGAUUCAGGUGUUGAGACCUUUGACUUGCCAGGACAACCAGAUCUUAUUCUUGGACGCUGCUUUAUUGAGGUGGAAAACAGGUUCAGGGGUAACAGCUUCCCUGUGAUUGUUGCAAGUUCAAGUGUUUGCCAGGAGUUGAGAAACCUAGAAGUUGAGCUUGAGGAUUCACAGGUUCUUGAUGUUCCUUCUGAUGGUCAGAUUCAUGACUCUCGGCAGUCAAAGACAAGGGUUCAAGUUCUGCACUUCCUUAAUGAACUUGGCUGGCUUUUUCAGAGGGCUUCUGCCUGUACAUUGUCCACCAGAUCUGAUAUGUCUGAUUUGGAUUUGAUUAAGUUUUCAACUGCACGGUUCAAAUAUCUUUUACUGUUCUCUAGUGAGCGUGACUGGUGCUCUCUUACUAAAACACUUCUGGAUAUUCUUGCUAAGAGAAGCUUGGUCAGCAAGGAACUAUCAAAGGAAACAAUGGAGAUGCUGGCUGAGAUUCAUCUUCUGAACAGAGCAGUAAAAAGAAAGAGUAGGAGCAUGGUGCAUUUGCUUGUACAGUUUGUUGUAAUUUGCCCUGAUAAUUCCAAGGUUUACCCCUUCCUUCCAAAUUUGCCUGGCCCUGGUGGUUUAACUCCGUUGCAUCUUGCUGCAUCCAUUGAGAAUGCAGAGGAUAUUGUGGAUGCCUUGACAGAUGAUCCUCAACAGAUUGGUUUGACCUGUUGGCAGUCAGUUCUAGACGAAGAUGGCCAAUCUCCUGAAACAUAUGCCAAGUUGAGGAAUCAUAAUUCUUAUAAUGAGCUUGUAGCACAAAAGCUGGUGGACGUGAAGAACAACCAGGUUACUAUAACAGUUAAUGGCGAUGAAAUUUGUAUGGAUCAGUUAGGGAAUGUUGGUGACCAUAAACAAUCUGGGGUUCAGGCGUUGCAAAUAAGAUCUUGCUCCCAGUGUGCCAUUUUGGAGUCUGGUGUGCUAAGGCAGCCGGUGCGAUCAAGGGGAUUGCUUGCUCGGCCUUAUAUCCAUUCCAUGCUUGCUAUAGCAGCAGUCUGCGUCUGCGUCUGUGUAUUCAUGCGAGCUUUGCUGCGGAUUAAUUCUGGUAAAUCCUUCAAGUGGGAAAGGCUGGAUUUUGGUACAAUAUAAUAUAAUGAUGGGGACACCUGAGCCUUGUGGUAUUAUUAAGUUAACAAGCAGUUGGGGUUUGAAGCUAUUUUGGAGCCUUGGAGGGUAUGGAGAUUGUUUUAAGCUUCCUUGAAACUCUUCUAUCCAUGGUUUGAGUGCCAGAAUGUAAUAUUGUUGGAGACUUCCUUUACUUCCUGUGAAAUAGAAGUGUUAAUAGGUGAGGUGCUGGAGAUGUUGGAUGCACUACAGGCAAGUUAAAGGGAAAAAAAUGGCAAAACCUGGUGCCAAAGGUGGAGCUUGAGCAGUUGGCACAUCUCAUGGAAAGGGACGUAACAACUGCGCACCCACAAGAUGAGAUGUAAUCCAAAAUAUGGAUGCAAUCGCAGUUCGGGGAUAAUGAGUAAGUAAUCUUGAUUUCCUUUUUUGCUGGUGUAAGCGCGAGUCUUUUGGUUCAUGUAUCACAAGAUGGUGUUUAAUUUAUCUUGCUCACUGUUUCACAUUUUUUAUUUUUUGUGUAUUAAAUACAGUACUCUAGCAUGAAUGUAUCCUAUAUCGACUUUAGAUAGUAGCGGGGGUAAAUGAAAAGAGGCUUGCAUAUGUCUGUAUCGAUCAUUUUGACUUGUAGCUACAUAGAAAUGAGGCAGAUCUGAAGUGUACUUGGAUCUUUUUGUUUGAUUGGACAUCGACCAUAAGUUCCCAUUCCGAAGAAGCUUAGUUACACCUUUCUA